CACACACACACUGUCACACACACACACACACACACAGGAAAGGAAGAGCUCUGAAACCUGAUUCAACGAAGAAUACAAGUUCAAACAGAAGCCUGCUGAGCGCUUUCAAUUCUUAAUACUGGCCAAUUGCAGCCCCAUCAGUUUGGGAAGCCAUGGCCCGGGGCGGUGGUAGAAAGUGGCGCAAUGGCAGCAGCCGGGGCGGUCAUGGAGGUGCCACCGGAGGUGGUGGUGGCGAUGGAAAGCGGGGCCGUGCAUUUCGCAGGGAUUUCGGCAAGGGCGAAAAUGUGUGGAAAAGGCCGCGCACUGAUGCUGCGGCAACUGAUGGGCCGGAAGGGGAGAAGCCUCAGGGGGAGAACAAAAGUUGGGCAGGGUUUCAGCUUGACAGCCCAGCGUUCGAGGAGUACUAUAAGCGACAGCACAUCAUUGCUGAUGAUGAAUGGGACAGCUUUAUGGCUACUCUGAAGAAGACGCUACCGACGACGUUUCGGAUCAACGGUCAUGGGGACUUCGCUCAUCAGAUUCGCGAGCAGAUGCAGAAGGAUUUUUUCGAUUUCCUUCCUGAGGACGUCGAGGUCGAUGGGGAGAAGUUUGAGGCGCCCCGCCCGCUUCCCUGGUAUCCUGACAACCUGGCCUGGCACAUGAGCGUCAGCAGGAAUCAGCUCAGGAAGCUGGACAUCCUGGAGAACAUCCAUGAGUUCCUGAAGCGCGAAAACGACGCCGGGAACAUCACCAGACAGGAGGCAGUCAGCAUGGUACCACCACUCUUUCUGGACGUCCAACCGCACCACCGGGUUCUGGACAUGUGCGCGGCUCCCGGCUCCAAAACCGCGCAACUGCUCGAGAUGCUUCAUGCUGGCGACGCGUCCGCCACCCCCCAGGGCUUCGUCGUUGCAAACGACAACGAUGUUCAGCGAUGCCACCUUCUGAUCCACCAGACGAAGCGCAUGUCGAGCCCCUCGAUCAUGGUGACCAAUCACGACGCGCAGAACUUCCCGCUGCUGCGACGGAGGGGCCGCGGGGGGGCGGGCGACGAUGGGCUCAUGUUCGACCGCAUCCUGUGCGACGUGCCGUGCAGCGGGGACGGGACGCUACGCAAGGCGCCCGACAUCUGGCGCAAGUGGACUGUGGGCAGUGGGAACGGGCUCCAUCGGCUGCAGCUGCAGAUUGCGCUGCGGGGCCUGGCGUUGCUGCGGGUCGGCGGCAUCCUUGUGUACUCCACGUGUUCCUUGAAUCCAAUCGAAGACGAGGCAGUGGUGGCUCAGUUGCUCCGGGUCUACGGCGACUCCCUAGAGCUGCUCGACGUCUCUGCCCAGCUUCCAGAACUGAAGCGCCGCCCCGGUUUGACCAAAUGGCUCGUCCUUGACAAGAAGCGUUGGUACUCCAACUACAGCCAAGUCCUCCCGAUCAGCGCGUCCCGCCUCACACCCACCAUGUUCCCCAAUCCCAACGCGCCAGCUGGCACCUCCGCUGAACCCCACGUGGCAGACGAGGUUGCGGCGAAAGUGGCCGAGGGAGACGGCGAGGGGGCUUCGCUCGAGGGGAUAUCAAGAGAAGCAGAGACGAUAGAGGAAGGGGUUGCGAUUGAUGGGGCAGAGGCGGAUAAAGAAGGACAGGUGGAAGGGGGCGUGGUUGAUGAGGGGGGAGAAGGGGAGAAUGCGGGGGUGGACUCGGGGAAAGGAAAGGGGCGGUGGCGGGAACAGGUUGUGCCGGAGGCGGAGGAGUGCGGGCUGCCGCUGCACCGGAGCAUGCGUGUGGUGCCGCACGACCAGGACACGGGGGGGUUCUUCGUGGCGGUCUUCCGCAAGCUGAAGCACCUGGAGGAGCCGGUGGACGAUGGCGAGAGAAAGCGCAACAGGGGGCGAGGAAGAGGGCGGGGGGGAAGAGGGCAAGCUGACGGGCCGCGCGACCAAGACGCCCCGGAAGAUCAACCUGUAGAGGAGACUGAGCCAGUCGAGGCAGAGAACGGCGGAACGGAAACGGAAGCACCGGAAACGGAAGCAGCAACGGCGAUCCGCGAGGAAGACGAUGCGGGAGACGGUUUAGCGACAGACGGGACGGGUGUGGAAGAGGGUUUGGAGCAGGGUUUGGAGCAGGGUUUGGGCGCCGAAGUGGACGGUUCAGCCGUCGAAGCAGGGGGGCCGGAGGCAGAGCCUUUGGAGAUGGAGGACGCCCCCCCCGCCACGGAAGAAGUUCCCAGGGGGGAAGAACUAGCAGCGGAAGAAGGGGGGGGUGCGGGCCCGAGCGGGGGCCAAAACCAAGGUUCUGGUCCGCGGCACGGGGUUCGGAGAAUUCAGCAGCAGGGACGGUGGCGGGGGGUGGACCCGGUGUUGGAGCUGGACAACAAGGAAGUGCUGGACAGCUUGGGGAGCUACUACGGGUUCAAAGAGGAGUUCGCUUACCAGACCCAGCUCAUAACGAGGAGCGACGACAUGGCGACCUGCAAGCGGAUCUACUACGUCUCCAAGAGCCUGCUGGAUAUCCUUAGACUGAACAACGCGAAUGGGAACCCGAUCAAGAUUACCUCAGUGGGGACCAAGAUGUUUGAGCGGCAGACGGUGAAGGACGCCUCGGUUUCCUGUGCAUACCGCAUCGUACUGGAAGGGCUCCCGUUUGCCCUCCCGUACAUCACGCGUCAGAUUGUCUACCCUGACGCCGAAGACUUCCACAUGUUCCUGAGCAAGCGGAGCGUUCCUCUUACGGGCUUCAAGGACCCCGAGCUCGUCCAGGCACUCCAGCAGGCGCAGUCGGGGUGCGUCAUCAUGGCGAUGCGGCGGGCGGCCGGUGAGAAUACGCCCCGGGACGCGCCCCCGGCGGCCGUUGCGUGCUGGAGGGGGGCCAACAGCAUCAACGUUCUGGUCACCAAGGCGGACGUCCUCUGCAUGCUCGACCGCCUCGGUUUUUCACACACUUCGGAAGGACCCUCCGAUGCGGCGGAUCCAGCUGCGGACACAAUCGCCACUACCGAGCCUGUGGAGGAAGCGCCAGCUGUAGCGGUGGAAGAAGAGGCACUCGAACGCGCUGAAGCGGCCCCGAGUGACGUGGCAGUUGCAGGAAUGGCUGUUUGAGGAUCUGCAUUCUUGUGAAUUGUGCCGGGUAUGGAAGGACGAUCUGGAUUGGCUCAAUGAUACGGUUCACGACAUCCUCCCCGUGUCCAGCAAAUCAAAGUCAGUGUCCUGGACUCGAGGGUCC